AUGAGGCACCCUGAAGCAAUGUUUACCCACCAGGAAUUGCCCUCACCCCUCUCUUCGUUGGAGCAUGGCGGAUCUCUCAUCCAUACCGUCAAUAUCGCUCCACUUUCUCUCCUUCUCGCAUCGAUGGAUCCAGCACCUACAGCCAAUCCACACGCCGAACUCGUCACCGAAUGCUUCCAGGAAUGUCCUGCACUCGAGACCCCAACUCGGAACCGGUCACCUACGACGCCUCCAGAUGUGAAGCUGCUGAAAGGGUCAGGGUGGGGUGGCGUUAUAGAGCCUGCAGUCGAUAAGGAGGAGGAUCAUUCCCAAGAGGGUAAAGUCGCUGACGUCUUGCUUGACGAAGGCUGUGAAGAGGGCAAUGUGCCACUGGGCUCUCAGGGUUGGUUGCCAGGCUUGGCCGGUCAUGGUGGGGAUCGCAUUAGUCAAGGACCGCAGACAUCUGCUGUUGAGGACUUGAGCAGGUUGAAAAAGGUCCGAGGCUGCACUCUACCGAGCUUGAAGGAGCUGGGUCUUGAUAUGUAUGUCAAGAAGCAGUAUUAG